AUGAACAACAUUGUAGACGGCCGAUCGUUUAGUUUUCUGAUAACACUGAUAGCAGUUAACACUAUCGUCUAUUCAUAUUCAAUACCACGACAAAAAUCCUAUCAUCAGCUUGAUUUAAUGAUUAAACGAUGUUUUCGUACAGUUUGUAAAGAUUGGAUCCAUGAAUGUCAUUGGUUUUGUGAUUUGGCAAAAGGAAGGCUUUUAUCUGACAGUUUUAUUAAAAUUCGUAUCAUUAUAAAGGAUUAUAGUUUUGUGGAUCGGAUACUCAAAGAACUAAUCUAUUAUGUUACAAGGUCAAAUGGCGACAAAUUUCGAAUGGUUCACUAUCCAAUGAAACCAGUUGCAAUUAAACAGGUGUCAGAUGAACUGAACUAUCGCUGGACUGUUGCGCCUGUCAUAAUUAUUUUUGAUUGUUACUGGCUCAGAUGA